UGGCGAACUCUUCACUUCGUGUUUCUUCUAUACGCUACUGACACCCAAUCUCAGAUCAUUACAACUCUUCUGUCGGAUACAGUCUGAAUGCAAACUCCCAGUCAUGUCCGCCAAAAUCCAGACCCAGUUUGGUGAACCAGUUCCACCUGCCUCUCGCCACUCGGUUACCGUUCAUAUGGGUGGUUGGGAUAAUGUCGAGCGAUAUGGUAAUAACUCCUCCAGCGUUAUUGCUCAGUUCAAAAACGUAUAUCCUCGCAUGAGGCCCCAUCCAUAUAUUGUUGAAUUAACUAAGGCACUAUUGGAAGAGAUUGGUCAAUCCGAUGUAGGCUGUUACCUGUUCUCAUCAUUACAAUCUGCCAAAGAAUGUAUCGAGUACGCAACCUCCGAAAAGCGAAACAAUGACGUCGACAGACGACCCGUGGCAGUCGAGCACAUCAAAAUUCGUACCUUCUCAGUGAAGGACAUGAUUUUUGCAGUGACUUUCCCACUUGACCAGGCGUCUGUGGUUGCGGGGUUCUGGAGCACCCCAGGUGUGGGAGUCUCAUCUCGCUUUGCUGAGGCCAACUUGAGUCAUCUACAUGAGCUUAAACAAAUUACCAUACCACCAAACCAGGAUCAAGAUGCCAGGCCAAAUUUUGUGAGUCCGGUCCACAAGUUAUUACGCGAAAGGGUCAUCCACUAUCUUGAACGGGCGCCUCUGAACCCGAGCCAACAACCCCAUCCGUCUGUCACCGAUGUCUACUUUUAUCAAACAGGCAUGGCCGCAAUUUACAAACCACACACAUACAUGCUCAGUCGUUACCAAGGCACCACGGUGCUCUUUGGCAUGGCAUUUAUGAACACCUUGACGGCAUUUGAAGAGUUUGGCCCCGGAUACAAGUUCUUCGGCCUUGGCACAGAUGAGGACGUUUCUAAACUCAGGACUUUCCUUGACGAAGAGCGCAGCUGUGGUCGAAAGGUGCAGGCGAUCUGGGCCGAAUUUCCAGCCAAUCCACUUCUCGUAACACCGGAUAUUACCGCGCUACGACAAUUGGCUGACGAAUAUGACGUUGUCCUCGCGAUUGACGAUACCAUUGGUAGUUGGUCCAAUAUCGACAUUAUUGCCUAUGCCGAUUUGUUAGUCACGUCCAUGACCAAGUCUUUCAAUGGCUACGCGGACGCUAUAGCUGGAUGCGCUGUACUCAAUCCUACGUCGCCAAAAUACAACCAGUUGAAGGCUCUGUUCGAUGAAAAAUAUGUCCCAGAACUUUACGUCGACGAUGCGGAAGCGAUUGAGCGAAACAGCCGUGAUUAUCUCAGUCGUACUGACAAGAUGAACAAGAACGCAAACGCAAUAGUACAGUAUCUUCAGAAAUGUGCAGACGACCCGACAAGCGCGGUCAAGCAAGUACACUACCCGUCCGUUAAUCAGUCAGGGAGCAAUUACGAGCGCUUCAUGCGAAGGCCGACGCCUGAAUUCACUGCUGGAUACGGCUGCCUCUUUAGUGUUGAGCUAGCCGACAUUCCGACGACGCAAGCUUUCUACGACAAUUUAAAUGUCCAUAAAAGCGUUCACCUUGGAGCGCCGGUCACGCUUGCCUUUGCAUAUACAAUGUGUACAUAUAAGAAGAGAUUGGACUGGGCCGCACAAUAUGGCCUGAAACCGACGCAGAUCAGGAUAUCUGCGGGACUUGAAGAAACAGAUCUGCUUUUGCAGGACUUCAAAGUUGCCGUCGAGGCAUCGAACAAGUGUUGGGAUCGACAGUAAUGUCUGGUUUGAAAUUGCCAUCAACAACGACUUCAUCGAAAUUCUCUCACUCUACGAUUAUAUCAGCCUGGAAAGACUAAAUUGGACUUUCUGAUGUAGUAGACUUUAAACUAAGACACGGUGUUUACAGCAUGCUAUGCUGCCCACACUCUGUUUGAUAUUAUUCUAGUAGGCGAAUAUGACGCCUAUCAUGGAACGCAUUUUUUUAACCAAUAAGAGGCUACAUACUGGAAGAGC